UCAAAACUUUUUUCAGACCCUUUUUCUGGAUUCUGUACAUCUUUGUUAGUACAUUGUGAUUCAGAUAACGGGCCUGCUUAUUGCCAUGCCAUUUGAGGCCUAGUCAAAUUAGCAGGGAGCUGGAAUAUCCAGACCCUGAAUUACUUGACACUGUUGGCUGAUGGAAUCUAUAUAUAUGAAUGGAUCUAAUGUUGAUAUGAGAACUGGUGCUUCUACAAAAACAGGUGGAGGAGAACAAUUCAACAUAGAAAAUAAACAAGUACCCUCUUCUUCACCCUUCUCAUCAGAAGAUUUCUUUGACUUUAUGCCAAAUGAAACAACCACUAGGACCAAUGCUAGACCUCUAGGUGCAACCUCUCCUACACAUGACCAAAACUUCUUACAAUCUGAAUUUCAUCAAACACAUUCAGUGGCCAAUAAGGGAGAUGGAAGGCCAAUUAAUAGUCAUAGCCAUGUGGAAUCAGAUCCUGCUAACCCUUUUUUUGAACUUGAUCCUUCUCCAUUGGCAAAUAACAUAGCCCCCUCUUCAUCAUCUCAAAACCCCUUCCUAAUGACGACUGAUGCCAACAACACUUCACAUUUAUUGCCUGCCAUGCAUCAAGAAAGUGGUGGCAUGGCUAACAAUGGUUUCCCUCCAUCAUUGGGACCAUCUAGUUUUGAAUCUUCACAAGGGAAUCCCUUCAAACCGCCAACAACUUCAACCACCAAGAAAACUUCUGUUGGUGCAGCAGACUUGGUGAAAGGUGGUGAACAUUAUGAUCUUGGAAAUGAAUCACAUCAUAGACUUCCACCUGCUGGACAAGAUCAUUGGAGCAUGCCUAGUGGUGAAGAAAGGACACAUCCUGUUAACACAUAUGGUGAAACUCAUGUUUCCUCUUCAAGCCAACAAUUAGAUCCCUUCAAAUUUGAAUCACCACUUAACCGAAAACAAGCUGAUGCAACUUCUAAGAACCAUGCAGGUGCUACUACCAUCCCAACAAGUGUUGAACAACCUCAUCAUACCUUUUCAGUUAGAGAACAAGGACAUCAUGCCAAGACUAGCAGCAAUUCAGGAACAGAUAACAGGUUUGGCUCAUCAUCAGUGCCAUCAUUUCCACCAGCUUAUGAAUCUUCAACUCAAGACUACAUGCAUAAUUCUGCAAGUGCUACCACUAAACGGGGAAAGGAUUCUAGGUCGGCUUCAGAAUCCGGUGAUGAUGAUAUGCCAAUCAGUUCUUUUCCUAGGCACGGACAACAAGCUAGCAAUGGCUCAGAAAAACAAACUCCUCCACUACAGGUGAUGGAGCGGUCAGAGGAUACUACAAAAUCUUCCAAGUACAGGUUUCCAUCACAUGUGUUUUCCAGAAAACAAUCAAACACCCAAUGGAGCACUGCCUCUAAUGAAUCAUUGUUCAGCAUUCAAAUGGGAAACACAAGUUUCUCUAGUGACUUGGCUUGGAUGAGUAAAUCUGGUGACAUAGAUAGACCAGGUGACACAAACCCUUCUAGUGUGACUCCAAGCAAUCAGCCACAAAUCCCACUACCACUUCCACCCCCACCCCAAGCACCAUCUACAAAAUUCAAUCAUAUCAGCCAAAGCACUGCCAAUCAACAUGAAGGUUCAAAAGUGACUGAAGAAAAGGCUGCUGAGACAAUGAGAGAGGUUAUAAUGGAAAAUAGCAUAAACAAUGAGAAUAUACGUAAAGGGGAUUCAACAACUGCUGGUGGACCAACACGUGCUGAUAGGCAUGCUCACGUUCAUUCCAGUUCUCACCGUUCAGAUGGGAGCACCAAAUCCUUUGCGUUUAAUGUAAUGACAGAUGGAGACAAAGCUCUUUCAUCAAAGCAUAGUGAAGACAAGAGAAAGCAGCAGAAACAGCCAGAGCAGCAAAAUAUUAAAGCAACACCAGAUGUAGCAGCAGCUCAGAACCCCAAGCCAACCCCAAAUGCUUCUAAUCAGAACAAAUCAUGGCUAUCUUGCUUUCCAUGCUGUGGUUAGAACGCAUUAAGUCACAAUCCAAUCACAGAGCCUCUUGGAAUUUUCCAAAACCAUUUUACUGUCUCUAUCAGCUUGAUGGUAUUGUGAUACAUGCAUUGCAGGAUCGCUCUAUCACCUUGAUAGUUUAGUAUCGUGCACAUAUUUUCUGAUCAACUAUGUACCAUAAUAGGAUAGUUUGAUACCCCUGUUGGUAGAUAAACGAAUCAACAGAAACAACCAAGGGUUCAGGGAUUCUCUAGGAAGUUUUUUCCGAUGGCACUUUAAAAGACUUGCAAAGUGUGGAAGCUCACAAUUUUUCUCUGGCAUGUUAACAAUAGCAGUGGUUCCGUUUUGCUAA